AUGCGCCAUGAACUUUGACCUUUGAUAAGUUAGUUUGAAACAGAGCAUGUAAUAUUAGUACAGUAGUCAAGUCGAGAUUUAGCUCUAACUAGCAUUAUAGAACUACAGUGUGAAAGAUGUUUUGUAAGAAGAGAUCGGUAAAUAAACUCAUUGGUCGGCUACCUCUCCGAGAUGUGGAUUUUAAUGAAACUUCACAUGAACCUGACGUCAAGCCAACACCUAAUGAAUCCUCAGAUCAGAAGAAAUCAUCACAAGUCCUAUAUGCAGUCAGAAGUAAGACGGAACGUAACAGCAGUACAAUCAGAAUAGACCUCCCUGCACGGAAGAACAGAGACCAGACACCCAAGCCCCUCCCUACUCCAAACACCUCUACACGUGAACCCCUUCACGACCAGACGUCCAAGCCCCUCCCUACUACCACCUCCAACUCCACACGUACACGUGAACUCCUUCACGACCAGAUGCCCAAACCCCUCCCUACUCCAACCACCUCUAGCUCUACACGUGAGCCCCUUCACAGUGUGGCAAACACUACACCAAGUUGUGUGUUCCCCAGUCUACACGAUCGUGGAACAAUGAAAGCAGAGCAGAGCAAACAAGACAUUAGGACCACCCCUUCCUCCACUUUCCCUGUAUCAAACCCCCUGAGCUGUGGACGCACACACAACAAUCUUCAUGUGCACAGCUCCAAACCCCCAACACCUGUCCAGGGCACAAUUAAACCAGAACCUCAAUCCACCUCUAUCCACCGUAACGUAUCUGUACCUCAACACCUGAGCUCGACGGCCACCCAGGAGGAAUGCCGUCAUGUGACCCCAGCUACUGGUAGACCCCCCAUGAAGCCCCCCAUAUUGUCUGAGAGGAAGACCAGUACUACUGGGAGCCUUGACUCUGGAGUAUUUGUCAUGUGUGGACGCACCUUCACAAAGGUGUGCGUUCUGGGAACAGGUGGAUCCAGUAAGGUUUUUAAGGUGAUUGGUGAGGAUUUUCAAAUGUACGCCCUCAAGGAGGUCUAUAUCAAGCACGUUGAUCCGGUGAUCAAGGAAGUAUUCAUCAAUGAGAUCAAGCUGCUCAAACGACUCAGCAUUAGACCAGAGAUCAUCACCCUACACAACUAUGAUUACAACAAGCAAGAAGGUGUCCUGUAUCUGUUACUGGAAUACGCUGAGAUGGACCUGAAUGCAGUUAUCAAGAAAUGGAACCGAAGCAACCACAUGAUCAACGUGCUCUACUUCUGGAGCCAAAUGCUUUUAGCAGUAAAGGUGAUCCACGAGGAGGGGGUGGUGCACAACGAUCUCAAACCUGCUAACUUUGUCCUGAUUGGUGCUGAGCUGAGACUGAUUGACUUUGGGAUAUCUAAACGAAUAGAGACAGAACAGACGAGCUUUGAGAGAGACAUGCGAUGUGGUACCAGCAACUACAUGUCUCCUGAGACCAUUCAAAUAAACGAGGGAAAAGACUGCUACAAGGUUGGUAGGGCGAGUGAUGUGUGGUCGCUAGGGUGCAUCCUUUAUCUCAUGAUCUACGGGAGGACGCCAUUUGAACACAUCAAAGGACAACUCAACAAAUGGAAUGCCAUAGUCUCACCGAAUGAGGCCGUCUAUUUCCCACACAUUGAGAACAAGGCAGCCAUCGAUAUCAUGAAGAAAUGUCUCCGUAGACACCCGAAGGAGAGGCCCACUGUUAACGAACUCAUUGCACACCCAUUCUCACAGAACACUCCGUUGCCAUAGCAAAAACUAUUUUCAUUUCAUUGUACUUUUUGUAUGCUCAAUAUGCUCAUAUCAACAAAAAAGUGUAAUAAUGACAUUGAUAACGUGACGUGUGAUAUUCUGAUAUACAUGUUUAAACGGUUAA